UCCAUGCAGCUUUUGUGGGGUUACCCUACACUUAAGAUGAAGGGCUUCAGUGACUUGAUAUUAGCUAUUUUAUCAUUGUUUUGGGCUGUGGUUCGGGUUGGGUCAGAUCCUCAAGUGCCAUGUUUGUUUAUCUUUGGAGACUCUUUGGUGGACAAUGGCAACAAUAAUGGCAUGAUUACACUUGCUAGGGCUAAUUACAUGCCCUAUGGUAUGGAUUUCUCCCAGGGUGUGACGGGGCGGUUUAGCAACGGCCGGACCUUCGUCGAUGUCUUAGCACAACUUCUAGGUUUUCCUGAUUUCAUCCCACCGUUCGCAAGCACAAGUGGCCCAGCUGUGUUAAGAGGCUUGAAUUAUGGAUCUGGAGCCGCUGGAAUCAGGGGCGAGACUGGCAAUAAUCUGGGAGGACAUGUAUCUAUGGAUGAACAAAUAGGGAAUUUUGGGAGAACGUUGGAAGAAAUAAGGAUAUAUUUCGGAGGAAACAACUAUGCAGUGCAGGCGUACCUAAGCAAAUGCAUCUUCUUUUCAGGAAUGGGAAGUAACGAUUAUCUAAAUAACUAUUUCAUGCCUAAUUACUAUAGAAGUACCUCAGAUUACUCCCCCUCUACCUUUGCUACUGUCCUAAUUCAAGACUACUCGCGCCAGCUAACGCAAUUAUAUAAUAUGGGGGCCCGCAAGGUGGUCGUAACGGGUCUUGGUCGGAUAGGCUGCAUACCGUAUGAGAUGGCUCGGCUUAACAAUAACCGUAACCGUAACAGCAGCCGGUGCAAUGAAUCCAUAAACAAUGCGAUUCUUCAAUUCAAUUCCGGCCUACGAAGGAUGGUUGAUCGUUUCAACGGCGGUCAGCUGCCUGGUGCUAAGUUCGUCUAUGUCGAUUCUUACCAAAGUUCAAAUGAUCUUGUCGUCAAUGCAGCCUCUUAUGGAUUCGAGGUGGUCGACAAGGCAUGCUGUGGGGUCGGGCGAAACAACGGUGUGAUAACAUGCCUUCCCCUGCAACAACCCUGCAAUGAUCGAAGAAAGUAUUCAUUCUGGGACUCGUUCCAUCCAUCAGAGGCUGCGAACAUCAUCAUCGCCAAUAAAUCCUACAGUUCCAAGUCACGCGCCGACGUCUACCCCAUGAACAUUCAACAACUUGCAAUGGCUUAAAACUCACUGUUUUUCAAUGUAACACAUUCUCUUAGCUAGCGCAUUUGGAUGUACAAGAGAACUGAAUUGCGAACAUUCAGUUCAAUUUGGAUGAAAAUGACCCAAUGGUAAUGGCAUUUCCUUCGUAUUGUUCCAACUUGAAAGUAAAACUAAUUCAAAACAUAAUCCGCUUG